GGCAAACCUAAAUGAUCAGAGGGACAAACAAGCAUCAAAUGAGUGGAUACCGAUGCUUAUUAUUCUCAUCCGUCCAUCAUAGACUUUGAGAAAACACAUCAAGGAGCGAAGAAGAACAAAGAAAAGUGCGCCAACGGACUUGAAGCUUCACUUUGCGUUAAGUCAGGAGGUGCGCGCAGCCCCGGAGUCAUGUCCAGAUCGGGUGACCGAACCUCCACGUUUGAUCCGACCCACAGCGACACUCUGCUGCACGGUCUCAACCUGCUGUGGAGGAAGCAGCUCUUCUGCGAUGUGACGCUCACCGCGCAGGGACAACAGUUCCACUGCCACAAAGCUGUGCUGGCGUCCUGCUCGCAGUACUUCAGGUCCCUGUUCUCCACGCACGUGCUCAACAGAGAAGACGGGCUGGCGGCCAAGGACCAGGGCAGCAGCGGCACCCCAUCGUCCUCCCCCGACGACAAGCUCCUGCCCAGCCCGCGCUCCGCCAUCAACAACCUGGUGCUGCAGGGGUGCUCGUCCAUCGGUCUGCGCUUGGUGCUGGAGUACCUCUACACGGCCAACGUGACCCUGUCCCUGGACACGGUGGAGGAGGUGCUCUCCGUCAGCAAGAUCCUCAACGUCCCCCAGAUCACCAAGCUCAGCGUGCAGUUCCUCAACGACCAGAUCUCUGUGCAGAACUACAAGCAGAUCUGCAAGAUCGCCGCCCUGCACGGGCUGGACGAGACCAAGAAGCUCGCCAACAAGUACCUGGUGGAGGACGUGCUCCUGCUGAACUUCGAGGAGAUGUGCGCCAUGCUGGACGCCCUGCCUCCGCCCGUCGAGUCCGAGCUGGCCCUUUUUCAGAUGUCCGUCUUGUGGCUGGAGCACGACAGGGAGCCCAGGAUGCACUACGCGCCCGACCUGAUGAAGCGCCUGCGCUUCGCCCUCAUCCCGGCCCCGGAGCUGGUGGAGAGGGUGCAGUCGGUGGAGUUUAUGAGGAGCGACCCGGUGUGCCAAAAACUGCUGCUGGAUGCCAUGAACUACCACCUGAUGCCCUUCAGACAGCACUGCAGACAAACCACAGCCAGCAGGAUUCGCUCAAACAAACGGACGCUCCUGUUGGUUGGGGGCCUGCCCCCGGGUCCCGACCGCCUCCCCAGUAAUCUGGUUCAGUACUACGACGAUGAAAAGAAGACAUGGAAGAUCCUUACAAUAAUGCCAUACAACAGCGCCCAUCACUGUGUGGUUGAAGUGGAAAACUUUCUGCUUUUACUGGGUGGAGAGGACCAGUGGAACCCUAAUGGCAAGCACAGCACUAACUUCGUAAGUCGAUACGACCCGAGGUUCAAUAGCUGGAUUCAACUACCCCCCAUGCAGGAAAGGAGAGCGAGUUUCUUCGCUUGCUGCCUGGAUAAGCACUUGUACGUUGUUGGGGGAAGGAACGAGACAGGUUAUCUGUCUAGCGUUGAAGCCUAUAACCUUGAGACAAACGAAUGGAAUUACGUUUCGUCUCUUCCUCAGCCGCUGGCUGCACACGCGGGCGCCGUGCACAAUGGGAAAAUAUACAUCUCAGGCGGAGUACACAAUGGAGAAUACGUAUCCUGGCUUUACUGCUACGACCCUGUAAUGGAUGUCUGGGCCCGGAAACAAGACAUGAACACUAAGCGAGCAAUACACGCUCUCGCAGGCAUGAACGAUCGCCUCUACACUAUUGGUGGCAAUCACUUAAAGGGAUUCUCGCAUCUGGAUGUGAUGCUGGUCGAAUGCUACGACCCUAAAGCAGACCAGUGGGAUAUUCUGCAGACGCCCAUUCUGGAGGGACGCAGCGGUCCUGGAUGUGCCGUUCUGGAUGAUAGUAUUUACUUGGUCGGGGGCUACAGCUGGAGCAUGGGGGCCUAUAAGUCAUCCACCAUUUGUUACAGUCCAGAGAAAAGCACAUGGACAGAAAUGGAAGGAGAAGUGGCAGAACCUUUAGCCGGACCGGCCUGCGCUACAGUCAUACUGCCGGCCUGUUUGCCAUUUAACAAAUAACUGCACACAACCAGACGAGUGCAGUGAAGAGGAAGACGCCAUCGGGAUGGAAAGCCCAUCGCUAAACAAAAUAAACGAGAGGACUCUCUCAAAUGAACGCCGGCAGCUUUUCAACAGGAGCUGAUGAGCUGUAGAGAUUAUUUUUUUACUGGUCGGACAAGAGCACUUUGUUUCUUUCAUGCCUAAAAGUUUAAAACUGAUACGAUCAUCAACUUUACGUAUUUGAUGCUCAUGUGUGUUGACAUUCAACGGCUCCUAUUCAAUCCAUCUUUUGUCUUUACAUAUUUUGGCUUGACACGGCACGCACACUUUGACCAAAUCGAUAGAUCUUCCAUACGUACUUUGUGUUUUGUGGAAACCUCUGAUCAACGACAGUGGUGACAAGUGGGUUGACAAAGAAGCUUCAUGUUUUUGCGAGCAAAAAUCACAAUUCUGUGUACACUGUAGACUAGCUAUUUAAUAUAUAUCACAUCACGUCUGCUUGUUAGAUAUUGUGGCCAUAAGUCGCACAUUGUUAUUUGUACAGAUGAAAGGGGAAUAAAUGUCAAUUUAAAAAAGAUGUUUCAGUUAAACACAGACACUUUUUAUUUAUUGGUUGAACAAUCACUAUAUUAUUAUUUUUUACUUGCCAUGUGGUAUAUUUGCAUGGCGUGACGUGGAAAGCGUAUUGUGCUAUGCUGUGGGUACAUCAUUGUUUGUUAAAAUGUCAUAUCUCACAGUGCCUAUUUUUAGUAUCGGUCUGCUUUAUUUAGACAAUUUUCCCAUUUUAUCAGCCUUAUAAAAAGAAAUCAAAUUUAAAGUAGUCAAAAUCACGAAUUAUUGAAGUUGUUUUGGUUUCUCUGAGAAAUCUGAAUUUGUUGCACUGAUGUUUGCUGUCCCUUCUGAUGAGGAAAGGGUUUUUUUCUUUCAUUCUUGUAAAUAAUCGCUUGCAGUGGUACAUUUUUGUGCUCAUGGGAUUUAUUCUCAAAUCCUGUUAUGUUCUUUACAUUUUAGUCUAUGAAAAUAAAACAAUUUCUGA